UGGGCCCCAGUCACUGAAGAUCAUGAUGGCGUAUAUGAACCCGGGGCCUCACUAUUCGGUCAAUGCCUUGGCUCUGAGUGGCCCCAGUGUGGACCUGAUGCAUCAGGCUGUCCCAUACUCAAGCGCCCCCAGGAAGCAGCGGCGGGAGCGAACCACAUUCACGAGGAGCCAGCUGGAGGAGCUGGAGGCCCUGUUCUCCAAAACCCAGUACCCGGAUGUGUAUGCACGCGAGGAGGUGGCUCUCAAGAUCAACCUGCCUGAGUCCAGGGUCCAGGUCUGGUUCAAGAACCGCAGAGCGAAAUGCAGACAGCAGCGACAGCAGCAGAAGCAGCAGCAGCAGCCGCCCCCGGGGGGACAGGCCAAGGCUCGUCCUGCUAAGAGGAAGGCGGGCACAUCCCCACGGCCCUCCACAGAUGUUUGUACAGACCCUUUGGGCAUCUCAGAUUCCUACAGCCCUUCUCUGCCUGGCCCUUCAGGCUCACCUACCACGGCAGUGGCCACUGUGUCCAUUUGGAGUCCAGCCUCGGAGUCUCCUCUGCCUGAGGCCCAGAGAGCUGGGCUAGUGGCCUCAGGGCCCUCUCUCACCUCAGCCCCCUAUGCCAUGACCUAUGCUCCUGCUUCGGCUUUCUGUUCUUCCCCCUCGGCUUAUGCAUCUCCAAGUUCCUAUUUCAGUGGGCUGGAUCCCUACCUUUCUCCCAUGGUGCCCCAGCUGGGGGGUCCGGCUCUCAGCCCCCUCUCAGGCCCCUCUGUGGGGCCAUCCCUGGCUCAAUCCCCCACCUCGUUGUCAGGCCAGAGCUACAGCACUUACAGCCCUGUGGACAGCCUGGAAUUCAAAGACCCCACAGGCACCUGGAAAUUCACCUACAACCCCAUGGACCCUCUGGACUACAAAGAUCAGAGUGCCUGGAAGUUUCAGAUCUUGUAGAAGAGGUUUCCCAUUCCCACUUCCAGCUGAAGCACCCUCUCUGGGCUCCAUCUUCUUCCACCAGCUUAGAUUCCAGGAGAGUAGCCCCUAGCAAGGGACAGGAAGUAGCAACCCUCCAAAGGCUGUGGACAAUUCAGCCUCCAGUUCAGUCCAACCUCAGCUCCAUCGGAGAGCCUAGCCCCUAUACAGCCAACCCCCGCCCCCCCAUCAAUGAAUGAGGCUCUUUCCUCUCCUGAGAUAGCCCAGCAGCAAUCAGUAGAUGUCACGAUUGUGAUGCUUGUGUCUGCUGCUUUUCCGAAGACUUCAGUAAAGGUGCUGAGAAUGUGCUCCAGAGGAAAUCUGUCUUGCAAUUCACCUGGAGAAUGUUUGAGUCAGACAGAACUCACGGUGCCCUAAACCAGGUGUUUGUAAUCCUUGAAUGGAAGAAACUGAGGCAGGGAGAUUGCUGGGAAUUUGAGGCCAGCCUGGGCUACAGAGUGAAACCUCUAAAUUCACUUGGAAAUUUUAUACAGUUCAAGUGAACCAAUGCCAGGUUCACAUGGUAGGUUUAGGGAUUGUUCAUUCGAUUUACUUGUGUAGUGUAUAUAUGAUUUAUGUGUCUGUCUGUAUGUUACAGGCAUGUGCCACCAAACUGAGCUGGGAAGCUGUGUCUUUGUACAAAAACAAAAUGCAAAAGAAGCUUGAUGUGAAUAUUGGGGAAGACUUGAAAGGUGAAUAGAAUGUUGCAGAACCCAGUCCCCAGGUCAGAAUGAGAAGGCACCAGUUCUGGGGUCUUCCAGAUGUCUGUGGAAGCUGAAUCACAUCAAGAGGCUGGAGGUCCAGUUCGUGGACCCAUCUGGGUGGAGGUCUUUUAGACACCCAUGGAGUAUGUCCAGUAUUCUAUUUCAUAAGUCAGGAGUGGUGGCACAUGCUUGUGGUCUCAACAUAGGGAGAUGGAGAC